AUCACCUCCUCAAAAAAAUCUUCUCCUUCUUUCUGUCUCUCUCUACUCUCUCUCUCACCUUUCGCUUCUCAGUUUCCCAGGCAGUCAAGCUUCUUCUGAUCUGCUGCUUUGUGAAGUUCGAUCGAGCUCAAUGAUGGCGGUUUGGUGUCCAUUGACUGAGUUAUGAUGGUUAUCCAUUCCGAGCUUAAUUCUGAAGAGACUUAAGAUGCUUGGAUUUGGUUGUAGUUUAGGCAAUGGUUUGAUGCCUGUUGGAUUUGUGAAUUUCUUAUCAGUCUUUCUGAGUUUAUUUGAUGGGGGCUGUUCCAAAGAAGAGUGAUAGUGGUGAGGACAAUGAUUUGGCUGUACAGGAAAAUGUUCUAUGGGAGCAGAAGGGAGUUGAACAUAUGGUUGUGGCUGGGGGACAAGGUUUAGGUUCGUCAGGGGAAGAAGAAUCAAGGAUUAAUGAGGCCAAUCGACAUAAUAACAAUGGACUGGAAGGGGGAAUUCAGGUAUCUUCUGGGACACAAAAAUUUCAAUCACAGGGGAGUGUGAUACAUUGGGAGAGGUUUCUACCAACUAGGUCACUGAAGGUCCUACUGGUGGAAAAUGAUGAUUCUACACGUCAUGUUGUUAGUGCUUUGCUUCGGAACUGCAGUUAUGAAGUUACUGCAGUUGCAAAUGGUCUUCAAGCAUGGAAGAUCUUGGAGGAUUUAAAUAAUCACAUUGAUCUUGUCCUAACUGAAGUAGUCCUGCCUUUUCUAUCAGGGAUUGGCCUUUUAUACAAGAUAAUAAACCACAAAACUUUGAAGAAUAUUCCUGUAAUUAUGAUGUCAUGUCAUGAUUCUAUGGGUUUGGUUUUUAAGUGUCUGUCAAAGGGUGCGGUUGACUUCCUAGUGAAACCUAUUCGGAAGAAUGAGCUUAAAAACCUUUGGCAACAUGUCUGGAGGAGGUGCCACAGUUCUAGUGGCAGUGGGAGUGAAAGUGGCACAGGCGCACAGACUAAAAAAACUGCCGCCUCUGAAAGCUAUGAUGAGUCUGAAAAGAAUAGUGGCAGCAGUGAUGAGCAUGAUAAUGGGAGUACUGGCCUGAGUAUUCAUGAUGGAAGUGACAAUGGAAGUGGCACUCAGAGUUCUUGGACAAAAAAGGCUGCUGAAAUUGAUAGCCCCCAACAAAUAUCACCUAGAAAUCAAUUGGCUGAUGCUCCUGACAGUACUUGUGCCCAGUUCAUCCAUACAAAGCCAGAAACUUCUAGCGGUAGGUGGGUUCACGUUACUGAAACAAAGGAGUACCAGGAACGAGAUGAACAACUUGUGGGAAAAGACUUGGAAAUAGAUUUGUUCAGAGAUCCAGACUCACAACCUGAAUACAGGCACAAGUUUUCAACCCAUCCAAGUGGAAAAAGGCAGAGCAAUUUAUCUGAACCAGAUUAUUUACCAAAUGGGAAAGAGAAUCAUGAACUCAAAAGUGAGAAUGUAAGUGGAAAACCCAGGGACUAUGUUGCAAACUUAAGUAGUGCUGUUGCUAGUUGUACUGAGCCAAAGGAGAGCCGAGUCCUUGAAGCUCCUAGUGGGAUUUCAAACGUCUCAAGAAUCAAAGAUAAAGCUAGUGGUGAUUUCAGAGAAUCACCAUCUCUUGAGCUGAGUUUAAAAAUGCUGAGAGGGACAGCAGAUGUUGGAACCAGCGUGCAUGGUGACCGAAAUGUUCUGAGACAUUCAGACUUGUCAGCAUUUUCCAAAUACAACACUUCUUUUUCUACUAAUCAGGCUCCUAAGGUCAACGUAGAAAGCUCUUCUCCGAUAAAUAACAGCUCAGUGGCAAUGAAGACUGAGGCGAUGCAUGAUUCAAAUUGCACUCCUAAUCACCACUCUAAUGAAAGUAGCAACAAUAAUGUUAUGUCAUCCAGUACAAAUUAUGCAAAGCCAGAAGCUUUUAGCGAUAAGUCAGAGUCCAUAUCAGCACUCCAGCCUGUGCCAGCUGUCCACAUUUCAACAGCUCAGCAGGUUAAACCUGGAAGGGUAGACGAUGUUACAGUUAACAUUAAAGAAGUACAAGAAAGGGGCUCAAACCAGCAGGUCCAAGUCCAUCACCACCAUCACCACUACCAUCAUCACCACCAUCAUGUCCAUAAUAAGAAGCAUCAGCCGCAGCAGGACCUUGAUAACCUAUCACUGAAGAAUAUGGCAGCUGCUGCUCCUCAAUGUGGAUCAACAAAUAUGGUUGGAGGGUCUGUUGAAGGUAAUGGUAGAAAUUACAGUGCGAAUGGAAGUGCUUCUGGAAGUAACCAUGGGAGCAAUGAGCAGAAUAGAAGUAGUAGUGCCUUAAAUGCUGGAGUGUCAAACAUGGAAAGUGACAAUGGAGCAGCUGGGAAAAGUGGAGUGGGCCUUAGUGGGAGAGUUGGUGGGGAUAGAGCUGAUGAAGAUCGAUUUGCGCAAAGAGAGGCUGCCUUGACCAAAUUCCGUCAGAAGAGGAAGGAAAGAUGUUUUGAGAAAAAGGUUCGAUACCAAAGUAGGAAAAGGCUGGCAGAACAAAGGCCUCGUGUUCGGGGACAAUUUGUGCGGCAGGCAGUGUCUGACAAGAAAGUAGGAAAAGAUAGGCAAGACUACGUCGGGCCUAAGGACAAAUCUUCUGAUGGUAUUCAAUAACACAACCGGGAACAGAUUCAUUAACUCAACCGAUACGUCUGAUAGUGCAUGUGGAUGUUUGUACAUGAGAUUUAGCACCUAGCUCUAUGUGUAAUGGGCGAGGCUUAAUUUUUAGUGUAGGAAGGUGUGGAGAGGGUGCACUUCUAAGUGAUCGAAAAUAUGACACUUUAAAUGUUUACUGCACUGAACUCUUUGUGAAUGGUAAGGUGGUUGCCGUCUAAAAGAGUACUUUUUCUUGUGGAACAAGAACUGCUCGUGCUACUGGCCACGUUUCUUUGUAAUCUGAUUAUUGUAUUAUUGGUACAAUAUCAUGUUGGCUUAGAGCUAGAGCACUAUGGCUUAGUUGGUGCCUGCAAGGCACCAAAUACUUUCUUCAUGUUCUACAUGGUUGUCCUGACCAUAGCUUUGUUUAGCCAAUUGCCGGGUUAGAAAAAAACAGGACCGGGAAAUAUGUCGA